CUGCUAAGAAAUUAUCCUGCUCCUCGUACCUGUUCAUGUCCCCUGGCUGAAAAGAACUGACCUGGGAAUGCCCAAGGUAUGAGAAGAACUGUUGAGAUAGCUGUUCAAGAGGAUGUCUGUAAAUGAAGAGCUAGCGAGCAGGUUUUCAGCAACCACCAUGAUGGCCAUGGAGGCAAGUGAAGGGAGCCCAUUCAGAAUCAGCCCCAACAUUUCCUACAAUGCCACCUGGGACAAUGCUCCAGCUGCCAGUUCAAUGGAAGACAUGGUAGCCACUUGCACCAUCGGGACUAUCCUCUCCAUUAUGUGUGUGAUCGGUGUGACGGGCAAUGUCUACACCCUGGUGGUGAUGUGCCAUUACCUGAGAUACUCUGCCUCUAUGUACAUUUACAUCAUUAACCUUGCCUUGGCAGACCUGCUCUACCUGCUCACCAUCCCUUUCAUCGUUGGGACAUACUUCAUCCAGGAAUGGUACUUUGGAGACGUCGGCUGCCGCAUCUUGUUCAGUCUGGAUUUCCUCACCAUGCACGCCAGCAUCUUCACCCUGACGGUCAUGAGCACAGAGCGCUACUUCGCGGUGCUGAAGCCCCUGGACACGGUGAAGAGGUCCAAAAGCUACCGGAAAGCCAUUGCGAUCGUCAUUUGGGUGGUGUCUCUGCUGCUCACGCUCCCAAUGCUCAUCAUGAUCCAGCUGGUGCAAAGAGACCGCAAAAGCAUCUGCCUGCCCACCUGGAGCAAGCUGUCCUACAAAAUCUAUCUGACCAUCCUCUUCUGUACCAGCAUUGUUGGCCCAGGGGUGAUCAUUGGAUACCUUUACAUUAGACUAGCCAGGACCUACUGGGUGUCCCAAACUGCCUCUUUCAAACAGACCAAGCGGCUGCCUAAUCAAAAAGUGCUGUAUCUAAUUUUCACGAUAGUGCUGGUCUUCUGGGCUUGCUUCUUGCCCUUCUGGAUCUGGCAGCUUCUCUUCCAAUACUACGAAUCCUUCCCGUUGUCCCCCAAGGCCAUGAGGAACAUUAACUAUCUGACAACCUGCCUGACCUACAGCAACAGCUGCAUCAACCCUUUCCUCUACACCCUGUUGACCAAAAACUACAAGGAAUACUUGAGGAACAGGCAACGCUCUUUCAAUAGCAGCAGCGGGUACUUCCAGAGGAGGAAUCGAUUUCAGAGGAUUUCUGGGAGAUCCCUUUCCACAAGCAGUCAGCAUUGCACAGAGACUUACGUGCUCACUCAUGUUCCUGUGGGAAACAACAGUGCCUGAAGGUAAAACACAUCUCCAAGAAAAAAAAAUCAAUAUUGACUUCAGUAUUGCGUUGCUUGAAAGUGCAACAUUGUAAAGGCAAAGUCUUAGCAGAUUCAUAAUGCGUUAACGCUGAGUCCAGAGAUUGUACCAUAGCAAUCUGCACUCAUUUAUUUCCAAUACCAUUGAUUUUGUUUCUCACCCAAAGCCUUUUGGUUUUUUCAUUCUCUUUUUUUUUUUACGGUGCAUUGAUGUAUUUCUCUCCCAUCUGUAAUGAGAGCCUGUAACAUUGACACUUUUUUAAUGAUUACAGCUG